AUGUCUUUAGAUGUCAAUACUGGAAACUUAAAACUUGUUGAUGCUAAAGAUAAAUUCCCCUGGCAGUCCCUUCGUUUCCCAACAAACACAUGGCUCCCUGGACAGCGCUUGCGUCUUCACACUCAUUUGACCUCUACCGUUAGAGCUUCCAAUCUUUCAACAGGCAUGUUCUUCAUCACCUUGUUGCAGACUAAUCUUGGUUUAUACGUUAAUCUGGGCACUCCACGAAGAUAUCAAAGUAUGGGCAUUCAAGGUGGAAAAAAAUUUAAAUUCAGCGGGAACCGCAUAGUGUUCCAUGUCUCUAACAAUGGUAUGCAUUACAAAACACACGGGCCACACUUUCUAUACUUGAGGCUGGAACCAAACGGGCAACUCAAUGUCUAUCGAAUUGCUCCUGAUGGGGAGCCAGAGAUUUUUCAUCUUGCAGAAGAUAAAAAAUACGGGAAGUGUAUUUACCCGACGAAUUGCGGAAAUUAUGGGGUCUGCUCUGAUGAUAUUUGCAGUUGCCCUGGAGAUUCAAUAUAUUUUAAGCAGUUGAAUGGUAUGGAGAAUGGUUUUGGCUUUUCGUAUGCAGAAAUCACUCCUUUGUCAUGCCAAGACAUGAAGCUUCACACAUGUAUAAAGCUUGACGGUGUUACUUACUUUGGAUUUGUCCCCCAUCUCAACAAUAUAACAGAUGUAGAAUGCAAAACUGCAUGUCUGAGAAAUUGUUCUUGCAAAGCUGCCUUCUUCCAGUACGGAGGCAACCUGUCACUCGGCAACUGUUUUUUGCCAACGGAGCUUUACUCUCUGAGAAGAAGUAAAGAAAUGGAUUUCCAAUAUGAUGCAUUCAUCAAGGUACAAAUGCCAUCACACAAAAAGAAGUCGCCUCAACUUUUAUUAGUCACAUUGCCUGUUUCUGCUUUCCUAGUUUUGUUUAUUGGAGCAAGUUGUCGUUACAUUAGAUGGAGGAACAAGAAAAUUACCCAGGUACAUAGGAGAGAAAACUCCAAUGACGAAUCUUCUCUGCAUGUAACCAACAUUCUGAGGAAGUUCUCUUUAGAAGAUCUGAGAUCUGCAACGCAGAAUUUCUAG